CAAUUUUCCAACGCCAACUACAAUUUGUUGCAAUUCUAUCAACUCCAGUGUUGUACCUUGUCGUACUUUGGGCAAAAGUUUAAAAUAAAUAUAUUUGUUUUUUAUUAAAACAAUAAUACAAUCGGCUGGCAGUGGUCUUUUCGGCACAUCCAAUCGUCCCGCGUCGAUUACCACAUGUAGUUAAACACUUAUACAAGCGUGCAAAUUUAUUUCCACAACACAGCAACACUGCCUGGAAAGUGGAGGCAACUCUGAACAUAGUGUAGAAAAAAUACUAGCAGCAAAGAAAAAAUUUUUUCACACACUACGGACUGAAUUGAUUUUUGUCUGCGAUUAACUCUGGUGGAAAAAAAUCUUAUAAUGGCAAAGAGUCUGUAAAAAGGGGACGGAAUAAAAAGUGAUAUAUGCUUUUCAAAAGAGUGUGGAGAACAAAAUCUUUCGACAAGAUCAGAAGACGUGUCUUUCAGCAAGCCAAAAGUAAUCAUCAAGCAUAAAUAACAGCACAGUUUAGUCAACAUAUUUGCGAGUAGGAAUAAGUUUAUCCUCCAGUGAAGUGGACUGCGCUAAGCGAGAGGCUUAAUUGUUUUGCAAGACCUAAAGCAACGAUAACGAACAGAAGAAAACGGGUCUUACUUGAUUAUCAGUCAAUACAAUAAAUAAUUGUUUAAUGAACUAUAAAGUUAUUCAACCAAAAAGUAUAUUUGCCUUUUAACAACUUUGGUACAACUAAUAAUUAACAUUUUGGCAAUUCUUGAAACGUUUUUCAUCAAAGGCUAUAAAGGCGAAGUUAAAUUAAAGAAGUACAAACAUCUACCGAAAACUAGUAAAAGUUCUCCCCAUAAUAUAAACACACAGAAUAUUUUGGCGUUCGACUAAUUGUUGCUAAACUUCAUCAUCUCUUUAACGAAGACCAGCACUAAACUCAGUUUAGACAUACAAAAAUAAAACGUCUACGAUCUCUUGUACCUAUCUGAUUGAAUUAUUCUGUGUCACGUUUUAAAGAGGCUUCAUAUAUGGCAACUAUAGAGGAUUUUGUGCCACAUAUCUUAAAAAGCACCACCGUCACUCCCAAUCCUUCGUCUGUGGCACCAAUCAUUGCCAACACCGCCGACGCUAAUAACUGCACUUUUACCUCUGUCUUGGAAUCGUCUUCUAUAACGGCUGUUGCUAAAGCGUUGGAGGCAUCAAGCUUUAUCACCUCCUCUUCUAGUGCUUCCACUGUGGAUUCUAUCGUUGACAAACUUGUCAAUUCGUUGGAUUUGAACGACUCUUUAAUAUCCAACAGCUGUAACCCAAUAGCAAAGGAUUUGAAGAGCAUUUCGUCCCGUUCGUCCUCAGUUGCCGGCAGCUUGUCGUUAGGCGGGCUGGGCGGUGGCAAUAUGUUUAGUGAGGUCUUCGAAAGUAACGUGGGCUCUGAGCUGGAAUCGGGCUCGUUAGAGGACUCGUCAGGCUCCUUAGGUGACGGCGAUGUCGACAAGAAUUGUAAGAUUUGCAGUUCCCGUUUGCAAUCACCUCGUGUUCUCUCUUGCCUUCAUGUCUUUUGCGAGUCUUGCCUGAACAAGUUGUUGAAUGAAGACUCGUCGGGAGGAAACCUUUCAUCAUCAUCUUCGACAUCUUCGGUUGGGGGCGAUCUUGUACCACUUCAUAACUGUUCUGGAAAAUCGCAAAUUAGAUGUCCAAUAUGCAAGCAGAUAACUAUGGUUGGACCUAAUGGCGUGCAAUCUUUGACAUGUGAUUACAUACUUACCAAUAUUUUGGACUUGGCCACUAUUGAGUCGGAACAAUUGUAUUGUACUUCUUGUAAGAGCAAGGAGAAUGCAAUUUCCCGUUGCAAUGAUUGUGCCAAUUUCUUGUGCAGCGGUUGUGACAACGCUCACAAAUAUAUGCGUUGUUUUGAAAACCACGAAGUUGUCAAGUUGGAGGACUUGCAAAAGACUUCGGACGGCGACAAACCAUUGAUUAUACACAAACCCUUGUACUGCAAUGUACAUACAUCGGAGAAUCUCAAGUAUUAUUGCUUUAAUUGUCAAAUACCGGUAUGCAAUGACUGUUUGAUUGCCGACCACAAAGGCAGCGAGCAUCACUAUGAUAUUAUUGCGUUGGCUGAAAAAUCGGUGCGCGGUGAUGUUGAGAACCUAAUAAAGGAGGCCAAAUCAAAGGUGCAAUAUUGCGAUGACGCAGACGCAAAUUUAUCUAGCGCUCUCAAUGAGCUACAAUCUCAACAUGAUUCGGCACGCGACCUCAUCCAAGAAACUUAUGAGAAUUACAAGAAAAUCAUUGAGAAAUGUCGCGACCAAGCUUUGGUGGAACUGAAAAAACUGCAUUCCGAACGAGUUUUGAAGAUAAUGGAUUUAAUGCAGAAUAUACAGAAUACUAUGGGCAAGAUUGACAACACUUGUAAAUUUACCAACCGCGUUCUGGAGCAAGCAAAUGCAGCAGAAUUUCUGUCGAUGAAAAAACUAAUUGCAACUCAAUUUAUCAAUAUGAUUAAUACAACUCCAAAAUGCGAUAUAAAUUAUUCCUUGACAUUCGAUACUAAACCGGAAAAGUUUGAACAACUAGCUCAAGAAACUUUUGGCAAAUUUCGUACCGAGUCGACACCCCCAUCGCCAAAGGAAAGCACACCUCCACCUACCUUACCUGGUAUGCCACCGAACAUGAUGAAUGGUCGUGUUGGUAGUGGUGGAAACGGUAGCAUGAAUUGCUCCAACAGCUCACAGAGUCAGUUGACAAGCUCCGUUACAGCUAGCAGCCCCAUUUCUUUGCCGACUUCCAUGCAAAGUUCAUUUGAUGGCGAUAUCUAUGCCAAUGCCUUGGGCAAUGGUUUUAUGAUGUCCAAUGUACUUACACCAGACUCUCCACCACAAGGUCAAUCCGCAUUAUCUCAUCAUCAUCAUCAACUGCAACACCAGAAUAGCACUUCCUCUCACCACAGCAGUGUUAAUGGGUUUAAUAGUAUGGGAUCCAUUGGGCCUGGUAAUGGAAAUAGUCUAAACAACAAUUUAGCUAAUUCCUCACCCGGCUUCAAUGGAUCUCUUGGCAACAGUCAGUUGGGCGCAGGACCAGGAGCUUCGCUGAUCGGCCCUCAAGGACUCAACGGCUUAAAUAACACUGUUCCUUCAAAUGGACUAAGUGCCCUAAACAAUCCUCUCAACAAUAGUCUUUCAGCUGCUCUUGGUGGUCCUUUGGGUGGAAAUACUGGAGUCGCCGCAGUCCCACCACCAGGGGGUUACAACAGUAUUCUCGAAUACAAUUUAUCACGUCUUGCCAGCCUCACUGAAAAUACGCCGGAUUCUCUAACGGAUGCCCUGGUUGGCUCUUCAAGUGGACCUACUGCCCAAUCAGUAGUGCCAGCAGCUAAUGCACAGAAUCAACCAAUUACCCUAGCCGAUAUUCUCUCUGGCGAUCAGCGCGCUUUCAAUAAUUUGCAAGCUCUUGCGAAACUGGGCUUAAAUAACAACGAUUUUCACACAGACAUGACAAGCAAUCAGCUAUUAACGAGUGGACCCUCACCAACUGGAUUUGAUUGUUUAUUACCAGAUUACUGCCUACCCACAGCACCGUCGCCAAGUUUACCAAAUUUGCCUCCAUUGUGUCCAGGCGCUGGGGCUGGUGGUUCCGUCGAUGAUAUGAGCAUAACUAGCUUCCAUGCCCCGCAACAACCUCAACCAACGGCUACAAGUAUAAUAACGGGUCGCAACAAGGCAACCCCAAUGCAGAUACGUUGCAAGUUUGGCUCAUUGGGAACGUCCAAAGGACAAUUUAAUUCUCCACACGGUUUUUGCUUGGGCGUUGAUGAGGAAAUUAUUGUAGCCGAUACCAACAAUCAUCGCAUCGAGAUCUUUGAUAAAUCUGGCAAUUUGAAGUUUUACUUCGGAGUGCCCGGUAAAGAGGAGGGGCAGUUAUGGUAUCCCCGAAAAGUUGCUGUUAUGCAUACUAACGGCAAAUUUGUGGUGUGCGACCGUGGCAAUGAGCGAUCUCGGAUGCAGAUAUUCUCGAAAAGUGGUCAUUUCAUGAGGAAAAUUGCCAUAAGAUACAUCGAUAUUGUUGCCGGUCUGGCCGUCACUUCUAAAGGCCACAUUGUCGCCGUUGACAGUGUUUCCCCCACGGUGUUCGUAAUUUCGGAGGAUGGAGAAUUGGUACGCUGGUUUGAUUGUAGCGAUUAUAUGCGCGAACCUUCAGAUAUCGCAAUCAGAGACAAUGACUUUUACGUGUGUGACUUCAAGGGCCAUUGUGUUGCGGUCUUCCAUGAAGAUGGUACAUUCCAGUAUCGUAUAGGCAAUGAAAAAGUUACCUGUUUUCCGAACGGAAUUGAUAUUUCUAAUGCUGGCGAUAUUUUGAUUGGCGAUUCUCAUGGAAAUCGAUUCCAUGUUGCUUGUUAUUCACGUGAUGGUGUUCUUCAGUCAGAAUUCGAGUGUCCACAUGUUAAGGUAUCACGUUGCUGUGGCCUAAAAAUAACUUCUGAAGGAUAUGUUGUGACACUCGCUAAAAAUAAUCAUCAUGUUUUGGUGCUUAACACCCUGUACGUUCAGUGAUUGCAAAAAAAGAAAACUCUCAAUACGAGAUCUGAUUUGUUAAACUUUGGAAAAACUGCAACUGUAAGUAGACCACACCAGCAGCAUCAACAUCAAAAUCCGCAGUCGCAGUCGCAGACGCAACCACAACAUCAUCAUCAUCAACAGCAACAGCAGUUGCGUUCCGUUUUUCCUACAAUGCAUGGCAAUCAUGGCAUUAGUAACACAUCAUCAGCGGUCACAGUCCCAACGGAUCCGAAAGUACCAACAACAGCAGCAUCAGUAUCAACAAACGCAGCACUAAAUUUCAAUAUGCCUUUAAUUAGCAAGCAUCAGCUUUAUAAAAUUAAUACUGAAAAUAGUGAUAAUGGUGAACAAAAAAAAUUACAACUUAUAGAUUAUGAUGAAAUUUAAGGCAAUAAUAUUUUUGUAUUAUUUUCAUUUUCAUGAAAACCAACAAAGAAAGAAUAACUAAAACAAAAUUACACCCACAUAAAAAUAUUUAAUGAUAAAACAACGCCUCCAAAGAUACGACGAAAUUCUGAAUUUACGCCGCCAAAAGCCAAAAAGAAUCGUAAAAUCAAUAUAAUUUAUUUUUUUUACACCUCUUCGUACCACUUACUACUACUAUUACUACUACUUCUAAUAUUUUAUUAUAAAUUAUUAUAUUCUACAUCGUUUUACACUUUACAAUUUUUAAUGUAGUUAAACAAACAAACAAACAAAUUAAAACAAAACAAAAGGCCGUUUUUAUAUACAAAACAAAUAUUUUAGCUUAUAUGAGAGAUUUUUUAAAUAUAUAUGUAAUAUUUUAAAUAGUUUCCUUCCUUUUUCUACAACACUUAAGAGACUUUCUAAUGAGGAGGAGUGAAAAGGCUAAUUUUUCUGAGUAUACAUAAAGAUUUAUUUUUGUAUACAUAGAAAAUUGCCCUUUUGAACAUGAAAAACAUGAAUUUAUAACUCCCAAUGAAUUAAUGAAGGAAAACAUGUCUGAUUUAAAAAAAGUUGAUUCUUUUCGAAACAAAUCUCAAAUCCACAUACAUACAAAUAUAAUAUUUUGAUCUCUUUCUAUUCAAUUUUAUGUUUUUUAAUUGCCAAAAACCAAACAUGAAUCAUAAUUACAAUGUAGAAAAAUGAAUGAAAUUUUGAAAAGUAAAUAACAUAUUUUUAUUUCACCUUUGCAAAAAAAAAAAAAAAAAAAACCAAAACGGAAAUAGAAAACAAGUUGCAAUGGUUUACAAAAAAAAAAACUAAUCACAAUUUAUACAAAAGAACUAUUACAACCAUAACAACUUAAAUGAAUAUUGUUACAUAAAUUACAUUAUUUUUAUUAUUUUUGUUACGUUUUCUUUUUAUUUUAAAUCAACUACAAAACAAUAAAAUGUAUUUACAAAACGUCGAUGGGAGCAUAAGUAUAUAAGGCAUACUUUUGUUUCCAUUGAAAUUGUAUUUCACGUUUUUAUUUACAAACAAAACAAAAAGAAAAGAAAAAACAUAUUCCUUUUUACAUACAAUUAAAUUAAUUUCCCCACGUUAUUUUUUUUUAAUAAGGCUGGUUUUCCAAGACAUUAUUUUACAUAAUUUACUCAAUCACCUUUGUGUGUUAUAUAUAUAUAUAUAUCUAUAAAUAUAUUUUUUUUAAUAACAUUGUUAACUCUUUUAAAUUAUUAAUUAAUUACAUAUACAAACUAUUUACAUUUACAAGAACAAAAACAAAUAUGUUUUAGUAUAUAUGUUAUAUUAAAUACACUGUAACACGAAACAAAUUUUAAACUUGAAACAAAAGAAAAAUAAUCCUAUAAUUUUUAUUAUAAAAUGUUUAAUUUAAUUUUGAUUUAACUUUGUGUUUCAAAUACUUUCUUGUCAUUUUUUGUAUUUAAUUUUAUUUUACUUUUUAUAUUUAUUUUUUUGUUUUCUUUUUUAUUAGAGAGAAAAAAUAUAUGAUUUUCAAAUGUAUUUUUUAUAUAUUGUUUUCAAGAUUUCUAGCUGUUCUUAUGUAAAACAUAAAAGUUAAAAAACGAAGAAAGAUAACAAAAAAGAUUGGAAUAAGAAAAAAAAAAACAAAAAAAAAAAAAAAAAGAAAAAGAAAUUAUCAUAUAUUGUGCGUGAGGCUGUAGUUUUAAUUGAAAAAAAAAAAAAAGAAAAACAAUACCAAUCAUACCUUUUUACUACUAUAUAAGCAUUAACAACGAUUACAAGAAUUACCCAAAAGCAAUCCUUUAUAAAAUACAUAUUUAAUUUUAAGUAGUACCAAAUGUAGAGUUUCUCUUCGAAAACACUCACACAUCAGACUUAUUCAAAUUUCAAACCGUCAUUGACAAAAACCAAACUGUAUAAGAUAUUUUUGUAAACAUAUUUUUUAAGUAUACACACAUAUGUAUUUUGUUGUCGUUUUUCAGUGCAAAAACAGUCCCACAAGAAAGUGUUUAGUCUCUCUCCGCAAAAGGCAAUUUGAAUACACAUACAUAUGUAAUGUUUGGCUGUUUAGAGGAUUUAGCGUUCUUUUAUAACUUUAUUUUCUUAAUGUAACAUCGUUUUUCGUUCGUUCGUUUUUUUUUCUCUUUUAUUUUUUGAUCGAAAGUCCGGAUGAGCCUGUGUGCUCUCGUCCCGAUUUCCGCUAAUUUCGUCUUGUUUGUGUUUUCCUUAAGAGCAUUUUUCUAGCUAUAAUAACACAUUUAUUGUAUACAAAAAUUGAA